AUGAGUUUAAUUUCAUUUAAUAAUAAGGUUACCGAUCUAGAAAAAUCAGUGAAACGAAGCAAAGUUCGGUCAAUUCGAAAAUUAACGAGACAGAUUGAAAAUGAGCGUAAAAAAAAUCCCGAUGAUGAACGUACAAUACGAAAAGUGAAACGAAUUAUUGAAGAAAUUCAUCAAAUACGAAAAUUGCCUAACAAAGAUGUCGUCUUAUUUGCAAUGGAAAAUGAAGGAACCAUAGCUGAGGUUCUACAAAAAUGCAAACCAACUAAUGAUGAUAUCAAACAGCAUGCAUUAAUACGAUUAGCAACAGAAAAAUCACUUCAAGCCGAUAUCAUGUCGUUAAAGACAGACAACGAUUAUGCAAAAUCAUGGCAGCAAUUACUUAUUAUGUAUCGUUCUCGUUACGAAAAACGUUUAGCGUGGAAAGAAAAAUCCGAAGAUUUUAAAAAAAUUGAACAAGCUCUUGUUGAUCAACAAAAAGAAUUAGACGAAAUCGAACAAAAGUUACCUAAGCCAUUGAAAAUUAAAAAGAAAAAAGAAAAAAAGAAACCUUCAGUAAAACGUUCGAAACAAGCUGUUGUUUGUGUACUUGACCUUGAAAAUAAAACUGCUGAACCAUUUGGAAACAAUACAAUGGAAGAUGAAGAUGAAAAUGAAAACGAUGAUCAAGAAAAACCAAUGGAAGAACCAGAAAAAGUAGAAACAGAAUUGAACACUAUUUCAUCGUCAGCAACCACAACAAUUAAUGAUCCAUUCUUUCUCAAUAGUCAACAUCAAAUAACAUAUCAAAAACGAACAAGUCGAAAUCAAAAUGAUGGUGAUCUUGAUGAUAAAGCUUUCAUUGAACAUUCGUAUUUUGUUGAUGCACUUUCAUCGUCAUCAAAUAGACGUGACGGUGGUGGAGAUAUCGCAAAAAGAAAAUGGGCCCAUUUAUCACUACCGAAUAGACCUCGUUCAUCUAAUAAAACUCCAACAAAGGAAAAAUCCGAUGGUGUAGCAAACAAUCAAAAAUCAGAAGCACAAGAUUCGAAUAGCACUUCUAUUCAUCCAUCAUGGGAAGCAAGUCGACAAGCAAAAUCCCAAUAUGCUAUAAAAAGAUCAGAAGCAAAAAAGAUUGUUUUUAAUAAUAGUGAUGAUGAAAAUUCUUAA